AAAGUUUAUAGAUGGCUGGAUAUAGCUGAGAUCUAGGAGAACACACCGAAGAGACGAAGUCACCGAGACGAAGGAAACGGGGGAUUACACACUCCUGAUUCAGUUCCAGUGCAAAGCGGAUUAGACUAAAUGAGAGGACUGAUGCCAGAGAGAGUUUGUCUGUUUCAUGGUCAGAACUAUCACAAGCUGAAGCGAGCAUGUUUGAGGCAUGGAGCACUUUUUAAAGACCCACACUUCCCUGCCUCUACUCAGUCAUUGUUCUAUAAGAGAACCCCACCUCCAGGACUCACGUGGAAAAGACCACGGGAAAUGUGUAAAGACCCACGACUUUUUGUGGAUGGAAUUAGUACCAGAGAUCUGCACCAGGGCAGUCUGGGUAACUGCUGGAUGGUGGCAGCUACUUCCUGUCUUGCAACAGAGCCUUCACUUUGGAAGAAGGUCAUCCCAGAUCACAAGGAGCAGGAGUGGAACCCCAAGCAUCCAUACCUGUAUGCAGGAAUUUUUCACUUCCGCUUCUGGCGUUUGGGUCAGUGGACGGAUGUCGUGGUGGAUGACCGCUUACCCGUCAGUGAGGAUGGAACUCUGCUCUUCUGUCGCUCAGCCACACCACGGGAGUUUUGGAGCGCCCUGCUGGAGAAAGCUUAUGCCAAGCUCAAUGGGUGUUAUGAAGCUUUAGAGGGAGGAAACACUGCAGAAGCUCUGGUGGAUUUCACUGGAGGAGUAUCUGAACCACUUAAUUUGAACAUAGAGACGCUGAGCCAACAUGGUGACCAAAGGAGGGCGCUGUUUCAGACACUAGCCAAAGCACACAGCUGUAAAGCUCUCAUCACAUGCUCCAUACGGCCUGCAGAAGGAGAGCAGGUUGAAUCUGUGCUGGAAUGUGGUUUAGUUAAAGGCCAUGCAUAUGGUGUAACUGCACUUAAAAAGAUCCGUGUUGGGGAGAAUCUGCUAGAUGUUUGCGGAACAUCCCGGCUGUACAUGGUACGCAUGAGGAACCCAUGGGGCACAGCGGACUGGACUGGAGCAUGGAGCCAGGGCUCACAGCAAUGGCAGAAGGUGGGUCGCUGCGAGAGAGAGAAGAUGGGGCUGCUUGUCAGAGAUGUGGGUGAAUUUUGGAUGGAAUUUGAGGACUUCUGCCACUACUUCACAGAUAUGGUGGUGUGCAGGCUGGUGGAACGAUGCCUGCUCUGGCAUUGGGGUCAUUGGAAAGAGACACAUUGUACUGGAGAGUGGACUCAUGCUCCUCUAGACUCAACAAAACCAACUGCUUCUCGAUCCUCCAACACUCAGAAGGUCUUCUCAAGUUCCCAAUGGUCUCUUCCAGAUAAUACCACAAGAGGAGAUAGGAAGGAAGAAAGACUGGGUGAAAGGAGGCUGCAUGAAAGGAGGGAUCACACAGUGAAAGAGAAGAUAGCUAAAGGUGAACAGAAAGCUGGGCUAACACAAAGACCAGAGAGGACUACAAAAGACAAAGAAGACGAGUUUCAGAAAAAAGAGGAAGGAGUGGUGGAUGACCGUUGGGACAGAGAAAUGGACAGGAGAAGUAGGUGUGGAGGAUGUAUUAACCACAGAGAGACAUUUCUUCAUAAUCCUCAGUUCAUGUUUGAGUUGGAAGGAGAGGGGGAUGAGGUGCUCAUAUGCCUGCAGCAAGAGGACAGAAGGAUGAAACGGAGGGAAGGAGGAGGUGAAAAUCUUCCAAUCGGCUUUGAGGUGCUGAGGGUCGAGGUGAACCGUGUGAGCAGGGUACAGUGUUUUACUGAGCAGGCAGCCAGUUCAGUCUACAUGGACUCACGUAGCAUUACCCUGCGUGUAACCCUUGACCCUGGACGCUAUGCCCUCCUACCCACCACCUUCCAUCCUGGGGUUACUGGCCGCUUUCUUCUCCGACUCUUCUCACACACGCAUGUCAAACUCAGGGAGCUGAAGGAGGAUUUGCCUGCUUUCUCUCUGUGGCAGUGUUGUGUGCCUCAUCCAUGUGCUGUUGUUACAGUGCACCUUCACAGAGCCUCCACACUCAGCAAACCCAAACAACCAGCUCCAGAUGUAUAUGCUGUCAUUAGGUGUGAGGGGGACACUAUACGGACACGCGUCUUUAAAAAAGAUGGAAAUCCUGAAUUUAACACUAAAGCCAUUUUCUACAGGAGGAAACCUAAGCAGAAAAUCUGUAUAGAGAUUUGGGGAAGAGGUUUGCUAUUCGACUCCUUCAUGGGAAGGGCUCAUCUUCAAACAGGGGCCAGUGAACGAGGACGGACCAGAGUGAUUGAACUGCAAGGUGGUCAGUCUCGUGGCUGCAUCUAUGUAGAGACUUCCACCAGUCAGUGCCUGACAGACUUAUGACCUCCAUUCAAUUAUACAAUGGGACUGAGCUAUUAAUAAAUGUUGAAAAUGAACUAGAAAAGCCAGCUUGGGACCAGAUUUGUGCAAGUUUCUCCUUUACAGUCUGGCAUUGUCAUGUACUUGCCUGCUUCUGAAUGGGCAGGAGACCUGCUGCUUUGUUCGCUGGUAUUUGCAGGAACUGAAAAAUAAAUGUGUGUGUGUGUGUGUGUGUGUAUGUGUGGUGUCUGCUAUUGACUGUAGUGACUGUAGGACAGGAAUCUGGAUUAUAAUGGCCUUAAGCUAAAGGGAAAUUAAUAACAAUUACAAAAGUCCUCACAAAAUACAAUUAAUCAUUGGUGCUUCUGAAUAUCUCAUUAGUCCAAAGAAAGAAAAAGAGUUCUUUCCAUUCUUUUAGGCCAGCCGUUUAUUAAGGCAAUAAUUAGUUAAAGCAGCACAGUUAUCUGCUGGUCAGAUAGUAAAAGCAAAAUUCACAUGAGGACACUAUUGCUAUUGAUAAUGAUGUUCAUGUAACCAGGGCUCUGAAAACCCUUUAUAAUCACUUCAUAAAGCACAUUUAGUGUUACUUAUUUAUGCAUUAUAUUUUUUUAACAAUUAAGAUAGCAGCAUUUGUCUUUUCUCUGAAUAGAGGUAUGUCGCUCAUUCUGGGUAUUCAAAGAACCAGUUCCUCUUGAAGUGGUUAUGACGUGUAUAUUUGGUGUACUUGGUACUUAUCUUUUGUACAAAUGAGAUAAACACAUGAACAUGAUUUUCUCUUUCUGACUUGAAGAAUAUUUUUAUCUGGAGUAAUAUGAGCUACACAACCAAACUUAUGUGCCACUGACUCUUUAUUUACCAGAUCAAAAAAAAAAAAAUCUUCUUGUUUCAUAGGUCCAGUAUCCUGUCUGUGUGACGUUUCUGUGCAUGUUCACUCCAAGUCCUUAUGGGUUUUCCUCUGGAUUAGCAUAUUGGACAUUGCCAAUAGGUGUAAAUGAGUGUGUGCUUGGUACCUUGUGAUGGACGUUUUCUCUCAUUCUGAGUGUAUUCAUGCCUCAUGCCUAGUGUUACUGUUAUAGGCUCUAUAUCUCACUACAUAUAAAGUGCAUAAAGUUUUAA